AUGGGCUCCCCCUCGGGGCUGGGCCGCUGCCGGCUGGCCUUGGCCUUCGCGGUGCUCAUGGACGCCGCGGGCACCGGGGCGCUGCUGACGGGCAUCUUCGCGCGGCUGCGCCUUCGGGGCCGCGACUUCGGCGACCUGCUGAUCUACUCGGGCGCCGUGCUGGUCUUCCUGAGCCUGCUGGGCUGGAUCAUGUGGUACACGGGCAACAUCGAGAUCGCCCCCGAAGAGCUGGCCAGGGACUACGGCGCCAAGGGCGGCACGCUGGCCCGCCUGGCCAGGAAGAUCUCGAGGACGUGGUCCCGGCGCCAGGAGACUCGGCUGGCCAUGAGGACGGUGCAGAGCAGCCGGGAAGCCGCCUAGACGAGGUAAUGCCCAGCCCUGCCCGCCCGCCCCGUCUCCCGAUGGACGGCUGCUACCAGCCAGGGUCGGCAGUAUUGGACUAGAUGGACCGGUCCCGUGGUCCUUCCUGCUCGGGGUGUGUUGACGUUACUAGGCUCAGGGCGCAGUGGAGUUGUCGCCGUCGUUUUCAACGCCUUGCGUGGCUCCUCCCCGCCGUCCAACUGUUCACAUCAGCGCCGCUUCAUUAGUGUCAGAUUCGCUUCUGUUUGUGUUCACACCAGGAGGCGUUGGCGGGGCGGGAUGCCUUUGCACGAUGCAAAGGGGUUCACAAAUUGGCUAGAGAACCAGUUGGUGUGAAGGUGGCUUGAGAAGCGAUCCAUCAAAGAUACAUGUGUAAACAGUUUGACAGUGGAACAGAGUCCCUUUGGAGGUAGUGGACUCUCCUUUCUUGGAGGUCUUAAGGCAGAGUUUGAAUGGCCAUCUGUCAUGGAUGCUUUAGUUGAAAUCUCUGCAUUGCAAGGGGUUGGACUAGAUGACUCUCAGGCUCCCAUCCAACUCUACAAUUCUAUUAUUUCCAGAUUCUAUUAUUCUGUUUAAAAAACCAGCACUGGAAACCUAGUAAGUGUGAACCCAGCCUUGGUAUAAAUUACCUUCCAGUGUCCUGCCCUGAUUUUCUUGGGCAAGUCUCUACAGCCACAAGAGCUGCAGACUUUCUAACCCGCUGCCUUUAAUAGCUUGCUUGACAUCAGGUGGGCAAGAUUAUGUUUCGCUUUCAUGCCGUGAAAACCUCCCCCUGCUGAUUUCUGCACACCAGCUUGCUGAUAAAAGGCGUUAGGAGUUAUGUGUUUUUGAAGUUUUAUUUUCCUGGCCAUCUGGAUGAUUUGGUUGAGGCAAUGUCUGUCCCAAUCGGUCAUAAUCCUUUAAUAUUGUGGGAUGUGCAUGCUUUAACCUGGACCAGUUGCUCCCUUGGCAUCCUUUUGAUCUACAAUUAGCACAAAAGAGGUGGAGUUAAACUAGGCUUUCCCCCAAGGCAUUUGUGACUGUGUGAGAAUCGAACCAGCAGCUAUUCUGGGACAGAUUGGAUUUGUAGGGUGAGCAGCCACACUUUCCCUCGAUGGGCUGCUUCUGCCAACCCCAGCACCCCUCUGCUGCAGAUCAUUUAAGGCGAGGAUUCCCAAACCAACACAGAUCCCUGGUGGUCCAGAAGCUUCAUUCAGGUGGGCCGUGGUGUGUCUCUGAAUUUGAAGACAGAAGAUGGCACAUCCAUUGAGUUAAAUAUAUUGAUUUUUAAUCAUAUCUUUAUUGCUCCUUUUACUUUUUAUUUCAUUACCACUUGGAUUCUAUAGAAAUCAAAUUGCAGUACAAUAGAAUACAUUAUGUAAGAAAUAAAAGAUGCAAUAAAACUACGAUUAAAAAAUCAUCCAGCCUCUAGCAACAGCACGUUGCAAACGCUACAACAGGCAGAAACUCGUUUAGUGGUCCGCUAAGACCCUCAGCAAAUUUCAAGUGGUCCAUGGCAAGGAAAAGUUUGGGAACCACAGCCUUAAUGGAAGGGGAGCCUUGUUGACCCGGAGCAUCUUGUGAAUGGGCUGCAGCUCAAUGACAGAGCAGAUGCUUAGCAUUAUUACCUGUUCACUUACGUUUCCCUGGAGAGCUGAGAAAGAGCCCCAGUCACCCUUAUGGACCAGCUCAGCUGCAAGUGUGUGUGUGUGUGUGUGUGUGUGUGUGUGUUCUUUCACGUUGAGCAGCAAACAAAAAUUCAGCUAGCAAAACUUUGCUCAUCAUCACUAUCUCUCUGCCAGAAGAAGUUGCACCUGAUAGAUUUCUGCCUGCUGUGCGGAUUUUUUGGAUGUCACAACAGCUGAGAUGACUUUUAAGAAGGAUUGGACACAUUCAUGGAGAGCAGGUCUAUUGGCCGUGUUUGCUAAAUGAAUCAUCCGUGUUCAGAGGCAAUAUAUACCAGAAUCUGGAAGACACAGUGAGGGGAGGGGGGGAGGCCAGACGCCUUGCUGAGAUCUUCCCCAAGGCAGCCUUGGAAACAGGGCACUUAGUCUAGACCAGGCAUCCCCAAACGCUGUCCUCCAGCUGUUUUGGGACUACAACUCCCAUCAUCCCUAGCUAACAGCACCAAUGGUCAGGAAUGAAGGGAAUUGUACUCCCAAAACAUCUGGAGGGCCGAGUUUGGAGAUGCCUGGUCUAGACUCCAGAAUCUUAAGAACUUGAUUCAGCUGAUAGUUGGCGCUUCAGCCUCCUUGCAAAGGGCUUUGCAGGCGCUGUCCAUCGUCUGUGCCUGAAAAACCCCUUUUGACCCUACUGCUAUGCCAAUCUAUCCCACACCUGACACCAUAGACAUGAUACCAGGUGCAAGGCAGGAGGGGGUGACCUGGCCAAAAUGGCCCAGGAGACCAAAAUCAAGGAUGGCCCAGGUGGAGCCUUGGUCUAAUCCAGCAGAGGCCAGCUUCUGUCCUUCCACAUCCUUUGCAGACCACAGCCCUGCUCUCUCUUCUGCCUUUUAACUUCCCUUUUCACUUUUGUUCCUCUUUCAGUAUCAUCAUUAAACAUUUAACACAACAUGGCCUGAAACCAGAGACAGCAGGUGUUGUUGGGUGUUGGUUUUUUUAAUCUGGAUGAAACAAGAGACAAUUCUGACGUUCACACACACACACACACACACACACACACACACCCAUCCUGGCAUCUCUGGCGGACUGCGAGGGUGACCACCUUCUAUGCUGAACACAGCAUCAUUCCUGCUAUAUAUGUGACAAGCUCAGUUUUGUUUUCCGUCUGCUUGAGAGGUGGAUGGGGUGGGAGCACAUAAAAGUCUGCUCGCUGGGUUGCAUUCAGCUGUUCUUCAAGUUCUUCACAGCCCUGUUUCUUGAGCUUUCUAAACCUGCAUCUCCCCACCCUCUACUUUCUAAAACUUGCUAAUGUGGCUCAGUCAGUAGAGCAGGAGACUCUUAAUCUCAGGCUUGUGGGUUCGAGCCCCACGUUAGGCAAGAGAUUCCUGCAUUGCAGAGGGUUGGACUAGAUGGGUUGGACUACCAUUCUAUGAUUCUACUUCUAUUUAUUUAGUUUAUUGCUAUCGCACCCUUCCUUCAAGGGGCUUACAGCGGCAUACACAGCCUCCUCCCGCCCCCUCUGCCCAGCUAGCCAUUUCUCGCUUUUUUCUUUGCCUACCAAGCACCUGAACCCCUGCUGCCAUUAAGAUGGCUUUGCAGAAGCCUCUGCUUGAAAAGGAAGAGCUCAUAGCGCAGUGGUAGAGCAUCUGUCUUGCGCACAGAAGGUUCUAGGUUCAAUCUCUGGCGUAUCUGCAACUAUGGCUGGGAAUGUCUCCUCUCCAAAACUCUAAAAAGCCUUUGGUGACGAUAGACCACUGGGCGGCAUCCAUACCAGCACUGUUAUACCACUUUGACAGUCACGGCUUCUCCCAGAGGAUCCUGGGAACUGUAGUUUGUUAAGGUGGCUGAGAGCUAUUAAGAGACCCCUGUCCCUCUCACACAGCUACAAUUCCCAGAGUGCCCUUGGAAGAAGAGGGGUUGAUUGUUAAACCACUCUGGGAAUUGUAUCUCUGCAAGGGGAACCCUAAUGGCUGUCAGCCCCUCUUUAACAAACUACACUUCCCAGGAUUCUUUAGGGGAAGAUUGGCUUGGGGAUCAGCAGCACUACUGCCAUAUAAACAUCCUCACUGAGCGUGGGAGGCAUGAAGCCUUGCCACCAUAUUGUCCACCAGCAAGCCACACAUCCUCUCUAGGGAUUCAGACAGCCUUUACCCUAGAGGGGCUGGGGGGUUGGGCUUUGUCUGCACAUUUCCUACCACUAAGCUGUGGGCUUUGCUUCCUGUGGCAGCCUCGCAAUGUCCAGGCGUCUAGGCUUGCCACCUGUUUUCCAUUUUUUAGCAAGGCUUUUAAAAAUCGUACUAAAUUGUGAGCCUUCACAGAUGCUAAAGGCCUCAGAUGCCUUCCCGCCUGUCCCACCAACAUCUGACGCAUAUUGGGCAGCAAUUUCAGGGAGCAGCCUUCUUGGCUCUGGAACCCUCUGAUGCCCUUCAUUUGGCAGGCAAUAGCAUUUUUAUUUAGACAGGCCUUUGGCCCACCAGGUGACUUGCAAAUACGCUGAAAAACUGUUGUACCUGGUUGUUUUUAGUUCUGUUUCACUGGCCUUGUGGUGUUUCCUUUUCUCUUUUGUGUUCUGUUGUGUUUUAUUGCAUCUUACUGUGUUUGCAUUUUUGUCACUGGCUGCCUUGAGCACCAUUUGGUGGAAAAAUUUAACAGCUACAAAACCUUGUGCGAGUGCCAGGUGCUUCUCAUCCUUGCCCGGGGCAGGGGACUCCGACAUGCCACCGCCUGAAUUUCAUUCCCACCCUCUUAAGUGCCUCUCCCCUUCCCCCUAUUUGACUUGGGAGCUGUUGCCACUAUUUCCAUUCCUGCUCCAACCCCCAAUUCUAAUUUUCUUGCAGGUGUCCUGCUUGCCAUUAACUGGAGGAUCUUCUGGCCCACUUGCGGGAUGA